AUGAAUCUAACUUCCUCCAUUUCAUCAAUCGUUUCUCAUACAAAUUCGACUGGAACUGAAUCAUGGUUUAUUCCUGUUGAUAUUCUUAUGAUUAUAUGUACUAUCUUAGUUAUUAUACUUGCUACUCUUUUUGUAUUGAUUAUUAUUUUCGAUAAAACAUGCCAUACAAUUUCAAUGAUGUUAAUUUCUAAUUCAUGUUUAACUGCAAUUGUUUUAGGAUGCAUUUCAUUUAGUUUAAGCUUAUUCACAUUAGAAAAUGAUAUUAAACAAAUUUAUUAUGAAGAUUCAUUCUGUGCUUUUCGAGCUUAUAUGAAUUAUGCAUUAUCUGCUGCAUUUAUGUUUUCAUUUUUAUUACAAGCAUUCUAUCGAUAUAUUGUUGUAGUUUAUCGUACUCAUCUAUUUUUGCAAUCAAUUAAACUUCAACUUUUACUUAUUUCUUUAACAUGGAUAUUUUCUUUUACAUAUCCAUUGGUAAUAAUAUUUACCGAUAGAAUCAUCUAUAAUAUUGACAAUCAAAUAUGUCAAUUACCUCUUCGAUUAUCGUUUUCAUUAAUUUUUGGAGCAUUUUGUAUUUAUAUAAUUCCCGUAUCGAUGACUAUGUUCAUAUAUAUUAAAUUAAUUCUCUAUGUAAAAGAAUUACGUCAUCAUAUGAUUAUUGUUAAUACAUUAAGUCGUGCACAACGAGAAUUAAAAAUGGUUCAACGUAUAGUGACACUUAUAAAUAUAAUCAUGACAAUUGGUAUUCCGUACGGAAUCUUUAUUUUCAUAUCAUUUUUCACUACUCCACCAAAAUAUCAUUUUAGAAUUGCUUUUGUAUUCGUUGAUGCAUCAUUAUUAUCAGUAAUGAUUGUUUUACUUCAAUUUACUGAUCCAUUGAGAAAGUCUAUAAUGAAGAGACUAUCAAUGCGACCAAAUGCCAUAGCACCAGGAAGACCUUAUUGA